AUGUCGACGCACAGCCACCAGGUAUGCGUGGGCCGCGAGCCUCCCGUGCGCUUCGCCCUAGACCGCGUAUUCUUGGACAGCGCCAGGCUGGACAACACGUACGGAAUCCGAUCGUUUCGCGAAUUGUCCUGCUUCUACGCCCCACUGGACACUUUGGCAUCAGAUCGACGGCCGCGGCUGUUCGAAAACACGUGGCGCAAGAUAACGACUAGAAUAAGGCUCGAUGCCGAGUACAUUAAGCUUCGUUGCCUACACAAUGUGACCCCCAUCUACGAAGGCCUACACCUGGUAGCCAGAAGGCGCAACCGGUCAGCGGAUGUGGAAACAGCCGCCGAGCCUGGAAAGAGGCACAGCGUUCUCGUGAUCUCCGUGGGCGCCUCAUCGCGGAGCGACUUCGAGCGAAACUUCAGGUACACGGCAAACUUCCUCAGACACUCACCGGACACGCGCGAACUGCGUGGCUACAGUGCCGUAGGUGCCGGUUCUUUCCCGAGCGCCGUGGCGCUGCUGGGCGGAAUGACCGGCGGCGAGGCGUGGUCCCGUUCUUCCGGCAGUUAUUACGACGACCUGCCCCUUCUCUGGAACGAGUACAAGAAGCGGCGCCACUGGACGCUCUACGUCGAGGAGACGCCAUCCGAAGGUGCGUUUGUCGACCCCGUCGAUCGGGGUUUCUUUCGCAAGCCCACCGACCACUACCCUUCGGCAAUGGCCUCCCGGAUGAGCGAACCCGACGAAACGGCCCGUUCUCCAGAGGCUGACGUGGGCAUCUCCAACGAACAGCCUUCAGUGUGCUCGGGAUACCGGCUGCGCAGUAAGGCACUGCUCGAUUACGCCUCGGAGUUGAUCAAAGCGGGCAAUGUGCAGCCAUUCUUCGCAUUCAUCAACCUGAAGGACUCCUCGCGGAAUGGCACCAAGGCCCACGUCUUGGACAAGCCGAUGAAGACGUUCCUCUCGAACCUCGAGAGGAGCAACGUGUCGUUCGAAACAACGCUCGUGCUGCUCAGUGAUGUCGGAAAGAGUCACUGGGACACCAGGAUCACUGGCGACGGCAGCGGCAUGCCGUUCUGCUUCAUCAAGCUGGCACCACUUUUAGUCAAAAGAUCUCAGACGGCCUCGACAGCUUGCCUAACAGAGCAAACACUUCGCAGGUAUCCUUCGGCAGCCUCAAGUUUGGCCAUAAACGAGCAUCGCCUCACCACGCCCUACGACGUGCACGCCACGCUCGAAGCCUUAGCCAUGCUGCCUGGCGAAUUGAGCCUGAAGUUCACGCGCCGUGGCCGCAGCCUCCUCGCCCCAAUCCCGGCUAACAGAACCUGCAUCGACGCUUCUGUGCCCAAGGAGUACUGCGCAUGCGCUGGUACAUCACACACGAACUUUCCGCAAGUCAGCCCCGAGACGCUGUCGCUUGCUCGACGAGCUCUGGAAUACGUCAACAAUGCCACCAGUUCCCUGUCGCGACUGAAGAACCAGUGCGCGACUUUCGUACUUUGGAGAGUCGAGCACGUUGAUGUGAGUCCAGUGAACUCCGGCGCUUCCACGCCUAGUACCACACUGCUGAUGAUUGUGUCGACUGUUCCCCGAGCCAUUUUCUCUAUCCGAGCUCGCACGGUCACUGCCAGCACUGAGGCCGAAGCUGGCAGAAGAAGCAGCACUAAUCAAGGAUAUCAUGAAUCGGAGAUAACGGACGUCGAUAGGAUUGACCGGUACGCGGAUAAAGACUCCAAGUGUGUUCAACUUGUCAAUCGCAAACUACGCAGAUACUGCUACUGUAAGGAUAUAGCUCUUCAAUCGACAACGUGAAGUAAGGGAGAGAUGAUACAAAUACUGAAAGUAUGCUACUGCAAGGAUAUAGCUCUUCAAUCGACAACGUGAAGUAAGGGAGAGAUGAUACAAAUACUGAAAGUAACUUCAAAUGCUGUUAACUGUUUUUUAACCUUAAACAAGAGGUAGCUCUCCAGAGGAGCUGUUUGUGCCUUAUUUUGCGGUUGAGUUUUUUUUUUUACUUUACACACUGUACCUAUAUAACGCAAGCGCUGUGAGCGCAUGCGGAUGACUUCGUUCGUUCGUUUCGAGUGUUCUGAAGAAAUGAACAGAGCAAAUCUGCAAGUCCAAAUAAAGAGCUCUAAUGUAGCC